AUGAUUCAGUAGAUUAAAUAUUAUGAAAAAUUAGAAGAAUUUUUAAACUCUUCACUUUAAUCUCAUUAGGUUCUCCAUAUUAAUCUGAGUUACAAUUAAAUUGAUGAUAAAGCUGCAUCAAGUUUAGGUUCUGCAUUAGUAAAUUGCACUAAUCUCUCAAAUUUGACACUAAACCUUGGUGCCAAUAAAAUUGGUGAAAUGGGUGCAUCAAGCUUAAGUUCUGCUUUAUCAAAUUGCAUUAAUCUCUCAAAUUUGACACUUUAAAUUUAUUGCAAUAAAAUUGGUGCUAUGGGAGCAUCAGCCUUAGGUUCUGCUUUAGCAAAUUGCACUAAUAUCUCAAAUUUGUCACUUAACCUUGGUGGCAAUAAAAUUGGUGGAAAAGGUGCAUCAGACUUAGGUUCUGCUUUAGCAAACUGCACUAAACUCUAAAAUUUGGCACUUUCACUUUAUAUAAAUUAAAUUGAUGCAAUGGGAGCAUAAGGCUUAGGUUCUGCUUUAGCAAAUUGCACUAAUCUCUCAACUUUGAGACUUGAACUUGAUGACAAUUAAAUUGGGGCUGUGGGUGCAUCAGGUUUAGGUUCUGCUUUAGCAAAUUGUACUAAUCUCUCAAAUUUGACACUUUCAAUUUUUGGUAAUUAAAUUGGUGCAACAGGAGCAUCUGGCUUAGGUUCUGCUUUAGCAAAUUGCCCUAAAAUCUCUAAUUUGUCACUUAAUCUUAUCGACAAUUAAAUUGGUUCAAUGGGAACAUCAGGCUUAGGUUCUGCUUUAGUAAAUUGCCCUAAUAUAUCAAAUUUAUCACUUAACCUUCGUAACAAUUUUAUUGGUGAAAUGGGUGCAUCAGACUUAGGUUCUGCUAUAGCAAAUUGCACUCAUCUUUCAAAUUUGAUACUUAGUCUUCUUUAUAACGGAAUGAAUGAAUCUUUCAUUAAAUUGAAAGUAAAAAGAUAGUGUUUUAAAUCAAAGAGAUUAGUUUUCUUUGAAAUUAAUUUCUAAUGA